GAGCACCAACCUUCACCAAUAAGCAAAUUCCAAUCGUGCGCCGAAACGGAGGCCCGAAAUGAAACCCUCUCCGAAAAAUUAAAAGAUCCCGAAACCCGAAACCCGAAACGGCAUCUCCUCAAUUGUUUGGAGCAGAAGCGCCUUCUCUGCCUUCAAUCAAAUAUCUUUCAUUCCUCUCUCUCUCUCUCUCUCUCUCUCUCUCUCUCUGUGGAAUUCAAUUCCUUCUAGAAACCAAGUGCUUCUUCUUUCACUGAUAAACUAGGGUUAGGGUUUUCUUUUUUUCCCUUUCCCUCUCUGUAUGUUACUCUAGAAUUUCAAAUUCCAGACUGUUAGGUUCUUCUUUUCCCAAUUUCCGACCCGUUAGGCUUCAAGUUAGUGUUCAGGGUCGGGAUUAGGGUUCUAGUAAUUAGCAAUAAGGAAGAUGUAUGCUGAUCGAGAGGAAGCUGAUACCAAGAGGUCGAUAAAGGACCGUCUUAAUGGCAGCUUCAGGGAUAACUCUGGUCGCCGUAGACAAAUAGCAGGAAAAAGGCAAAGACAAGAUGACAAGUGGGAGCAUGAUCUAUAUGAGGACAAUGAUCCUCAAGUUUCAAAUCGCCAAGUUGAUGCUCGAGACCUUCGUUUGAAGCUCCAAAGGAAAAGUUUCAAACAAUCAUCUCAAAGUGGAACAAGAUCUCUUUCAGGUGUAAGGGACCUACGGGAAAAGCUAUCUGGUACCAUGGUUCCACAACCAGUGAACGCCGAUCCACCAAAGACAAAAGUGGAAGCUGCCAAACCAGUCAGGAGAAGUACUGCAGUUGGAGCCUCUGCACAAGAGACUAAAAAAGUUACAAACCCAGCUUCUAGAAAGAAGACUUCACAAAAGGCUGGCGCAUCAGUGGAUGAAUUUUUGACGUCCUUGGAUCUUGAAAAAUAUUCCAUCACAUUUCAGGCCGAGGAAGUGGAUAUGACAGCUCUUGUGCACAUGAAUGAUGAGGACCUCAAGGCUCUAGGAAUACCAAUGGGCCCAAGGAAGAAGAUACUUUUGGCAUUGGAAUCAAGAGUCUGAUGUUUGAGGCUGGCGUUGUUUCAUCGCCUUAUUUCUUCGUGUUUAGUAUGACUCAGUCUAGCAGGCUUUGUAUUGGUUGGUAUCAACCUGCGUGUAACUUUUUUUUUUUACCCCCUCUUUUUUUUUUUCUUUCUUUCUUUCUAGUAUGCAUUGCUGAAAGUGGCUUCAAUGUGCUCAUUAAUGAUAUAAACCAUGUGAAUUUGCUAGCUUUUAACUGCUGGAAAUUUAAGUUUUAAGGAUUUACUGCG